AGCGCUGUGUCGCUGGGCCCCGAGGGCCGGAACCCGGCGAGCGAAAAUAAUAGGGAAGCUCGGGGAGAGCGACAAUGGUGAGGGCGAGCCCGGCGCUCCUCCUAAGAGAGGGAGGAAACAUCUGCAAGGCCCUUUCCGACUUCUUGGUUUGCCCGCUCUCCAAGCAGCCCUUGAGGCGUUGCCAAGACUCCCAAUCGUUGAUUAGCGAUACCAUCGGUGUAUCCUUUCCCAUAAUUGAUGGAAUCCCUUGUUUGGUGCCAAAGGAUGGUAAGUUGCUUGAGGACCAAGACAUAUCAAGGGUUGAAAAUGGUGCUCAUUCAUCUGUUGUGCACAGUGAAAGGUGAUCCAUGUUGAGUGAUAGAUGUUUCCAAUUCACAAGGAAGUUUCAAAAAUCCCAUGGAUGGUGCUCGAUAGGAUUUUUCAGCAUAAAAGUAUAUAUGCUUCCAAUUGCAGUUAUCUGUAGAAUUAAAAUUGCUUUCACUUGUCAGCGUUUGUGAAACUGUCUUACAUCCAAGGAUUUUGUUACACUCUCCUUAUGUUUCUAGAUAGUCUCAAGAAAAAUGUGCUUCACUCCUCUAAUGUACUUGAUUAGUUGUGGGUCUUGAAGUUUGUUGUAUUCUAAGGUAAAAAUUAUGUACUGCAACAAGUAAUUUGAUAUUUUGAGCUUUUUUUCCUCUUUUAUCUCCAAUAAAAGCAAUAUUAUUGAGUGAUA